CCAAGUCUCGGAUCCAUAAUCACGGGGAUCUCUUCCCCGCCACUCCUCUUUUUCGCUUUCCCGAGAAUACCGUGGAAAACUCCCAGAAACUUUUUCCCGGGAAAAUAAAAAAGAAAAUUUUCCCUUCGUAUCUAAUGGAGCUAAUUUCUGUAAAUGGAGCAGCUAGUUAAACUCUUAUCGUUUUCUCUUGACCUCAAUGUGACACCUACUUUCUUCUGUAAAAUUUUCUCUGGAAACGAACAGAGCUCUCGGCUGGCCUUUCCUUCCGAAAUUCAACAAUGGCGACAUCGUCAACUCAGAUUUUCCAUAGCUUGAGGCAUCCGAAUGCUUCUCUAAGCACGAAUUCGUCCUCAUCAAAUGCACGAACAUUUUUGGCUUCAGUUAGAGUCUCUUUAGGGUUUUCUCGUCGCUUGAAGAGCGGGUUUCAGUUGCCUAGUACUCAGUUUCGUGCUCUGGCAAUGGUGAAAGAUGGAGGAGAGAAAACGGGGGAUCGUACUUUGAUUGAUGAUUCUACAGACGCCUUCAAAUCCCAGGUUGAAGAUAAGAUUCAAGAGCGUGAUUUUGCUGGAACUCCUUAUGUUCCUGUAUAUGUAAUGCUACCACUAGGGGUUAUCGAUACGAACUCAGAGUUGGUUGAUCCUGAAGGACUUGUGAAUCAGCUUAGGAUCCUUAAGUCAAUUUAUGUUGACGGUGUUAUGGUUGAUUGCUGGUGGGGAAUUGUGGAGGCACAUUCUCCACAAGUUUAUAACUGGAGUGGCUACAGAAGCCUCUUUCAGAUUGUGCGUGACCUUAAGCUCAAAUUACAGGUUGUUAUGUCUUUCCAUGAAUGUGGAGGCAACGUCGGAGAUGAUGUACAUAUUCCCCUCCCUGCUUGGAUCACAGAAAUUGGUCUAACCAACCCUGACAUUUACUUCUCUGAUAGAGAAGGAAGGCACAAUACUGAAUGCCUUUCAUGGGGAAUUGAUAAAGAACGCGUUUUGAAAGGGCGGACAGCGGUGGAGGUCUAUUUUGACUACAUGAGAAGCUUCCGUGUAGAAUUCGAUGAAUUUUUUGAGGAUGGUAUUAUCUCUGAGAUUGAAGUUGGACUAGGUCCAUGUGGGGAGUUACGGUAUCCUUCUUAUCCUGCAAAACACGGUUGGAAAUAUCCUGGCAUUGGUGAAUUUCAGUGCUAUGAUAAGUACUUGAUGAAAAGUCUGAUGAAAGCAGCGGAAGUGAGGGGACACUCAAUUUGGGCCAGAGGACCAGAUAAUGCAGGUUCUUGUAAUUCUGCCCCACAUGAAACUGGAUUCUUUCGUGACGGGGGCGAAUAUGAUAGCUACUAUGGUAGAUUCUUCCUUAAUUGGUACUCUCGGACGUUGGUUGAUCAUGGGGAUCGUGUGCUUGCUCUAGCCAACUUAGCUUUUGAAGGAACUUGCAUUGCUGCAAAGCUAUCAGGUAUACAUUGGUGGUACAAGACAGCCAGUCAUGCUGCUGAGCUGGCUGCUGGAUUUUACAACCCUGCAAAUCGUGAUGGUUAUGCACCAAUUGCAGCAAUGUUAAAGAAGCAUGAGACUGCACUGAAUUUCACAUGUGUUGAACUCCGCACAUUGGACCAACAUGAAGACUUUCCAGAGGCAUUGGCAGACCCAGAGGGACUAGUGUGGCAGGUCUUGAACGCUGCAUGGGAUGUCUGCAUUCCAGUUGCAAGUGAGAAAGCUCUUCCUUGCCAUGAUAGAGAAGGCUAUAACAAAAUACUGGAAAAUGCCAAGCCUUUGAAUGAUCCCGAUGGAAGGCAUUUAUCUGCCUUCACCUACCUCAGGCUCAGUCCAGUUCUAAUGGAGACCCACAACUUCACGGAGUUUGAACGAUUUGUGAAGAGAAUGCACGGGGAAGCAGUUUCAGAUCUUCAAGUUAAUCCGAAGAAGCAAGCUAGUUCGGGAAAGGAUGACCAAGUUGCACCGUAAGGAGAAAGAUAAUCUUGAACAACUUUUUCUCUUGAUAGAAAGAUAAUCUAGAAGUUCAAUGCACGUGAAAUAAGUCCAACAAAUUUCCUACAUCAGUUAGUUCAGAUUGAAAUCCCAUACGGUUGCCAUGUUAUGCAUGUUUUUGAGUGUCAUACCAAUGU